AUGUGCAUUCACAACAACUUCGAGGAGCACCGCAGGGAGAAGAGGCUGGGAGUCUACAGAGUGCUGGAUAAGGAGCGGCUGCCUCCUGGAAAUCCAAAGGACCACUAUUCGAUAGCUCAGGGAGAGCGGUUCUACCUUGCUCUUUGUCCUUUCCAACAGCUUUACCAGGAUGAUCCAGCGGUAGAGAAUUUCUACGACCAAUUACGUGCCCAUCUCCUCACCCACAUUCUCAAGACCGACAACUCUGAAGAUUUUACUGUAGAAGACCUCUCAUUGAUUCGUUUUGUGAAGGACAAGAUCUUCACGCACAAGUGCUUCCGCCUCCACUAUAAUACCUACGACAUCCGCCGCAAAGCCCACACCAUCAGCACUCGAUUACAUCCCGAUGUCAUGGUUCUCGCAGACGACACAACGGCCAGGGAACAGGAACACCCUUACUGCUAUGCAAGGGUCGUCGGAGUGUUUCACGCAAAUGUUGUCUAUUGGCGUCAAGAUAUGGCUUAUGAGGAUUCAGCCGCCGCGUUGUAUAGAUUUCCUCUGGGUUCGGUGGCCAAGCGUUUCCCCCAAAUCCACUUCCUACCCUCAUCCGAGUACAACACCUUCGCUUUCAUCGAUCCAUCCACUGUAUUACAAGGAGCAUAUAUACAGCCGUCAUUUACUGAGGGAUUAACCUCAGAUCUCCUUGCUCCAACAUCCACUGCAAGAGUUUACGAGGGUGUAGUGAAUGGGAAGUACGAGCUGGAGACAAAGGACUGGUGUAAAUACCAAGUAAACCAAUUUCCUGACUGUGAUAUAUUCAUGCGAUACCACAGAGGCAGUGUAGGACACCCCACCUGCGAAUUCACCUAUAACCUCAAAGCCGAAGCGACGUUCAAAGACUCCCCAUUACCAGUAUAUGAUCGCAACACCGGGAUUGUCAUGGUUCGCUCCUUGUCCCCAAUAGACGAGGUGCUGGAUGAGAUGGAAGAAGAGGAGGACAACAAUGACAAACUGUGGCCAUCAGAAGAGUCCGACUCCUCAGAGGAUCUAUCUGCUGAUGGCUAUACCUUGCAGGACAAUGACCUUGAUGAACUCGAGGAUUUUUGA